AUGGCCCUCCUGGCUCUCACCCUGGCACUGCUGGCAAUGACCGUGGCCACCAAGGUCAUAACGGUGCCCCUGGACAUGGCCCUGAACUCCUUCGAUGACCAGUACCAGGGUUGUGGCCCUGAUAUGAAGGCGGAGCUCCCGGCCCUGAACCGUUCCGAGCGCAAGAACAAUCCUCUGUUCGACCGGGCCUGGCCAAAGGCUGUGGCAGAGUGGCAGAAAUGGGGGUCCCGUGUGUCCCCUCUGUCGUCCCCAGAGCAGGCCAUCGCCAUCAUGGCCUACUCCAUGAAUGUGUCCAUCAUGGACCAAUACCUCUAUGAGGAGUUCAACAAGAAAGUGCGAGAGGCCGGGCGCUCCCCCCAGGAAUACCGGGACAAUUUCCACUUCAAAAUUCUGCAUUUCCUGCUGACCGACGCCCUGGUCACUCUGUGGGAUGCUCAGGGGCAGCAAUGUCACUUGGUGUUCCGGGGGGUGCACAAAAUCAAGUUCAAGGCAAAUGUUGGUGACAUCAUCCGGUUCGGUCAAUUCGCGUCGUCGUCUGUUCGCAAAGAUGUCAUCAAAAGAUUUGGGAACACCACAGUGUUCCAGGUGCAGACGUGUCACGGCGCAGACAUCCAGGCAUUCUCUGAUAUUCCCAAAGAGGCGGAGGUGCUGAUCCCACCCUUUGAGAAGUUCAAGGUUACCAAAGUCAUUGAAGAUGAGGAGAAGGUGGAGAUCCACCUCAACUCCAUCGGGACCUACAGCACAUACAACUGCGAGUGGCUGAAAGAUGGGGACAGCCUGGGGCCCGUCUCCAGCACCCGAGAAGAAGAUAGGAGCUCCAGCGACAACACCAGCCUCUCUGGGACACCAGGGAUGGCUCCUGCUUUUGUUUGGGACUUUAUGCAAAAACUUAACGUGGACUUUAACGUCUGUGACUGUGCCUUUGAAGACCGAUGCGCUUUUACAAUAAAAAAACCUUUCUAG